AUGACAGAUUCGCGUCCCUGGAGAUAACGAACUGAAACCUUGUGACAUAUGCAGACUGCUGCAUGCGCUGCACCGAGUCUCAAACAGCUCACUGGUUAGAAGAAAUACAGAGGAGGAGCUGCGCUCAGUGGCCCCGACAAGAAGAAACUUCCCCUGUCAGUUGUGAGUGUGACAACAACGUAAAGCGCAACUCGCAGCGUCAGAGCAUCGCAUGCAGACCAAAAACCACAAACGUAAACAACUUUAUCCGGUGGAUAUCAAGACCUUUUGCCGGAUUAUGGAGUUGAAAGCCUGUGCGUAAAAGAGACGUUUGGAAACGAUGGAUUCGCUUCUUGUUGGAGCACCUGAAGAAUGCGCAUUAAUGGAAAGUGCUCUGGGAGUGAUAGAGGAUCCUUUGCUUAGUGUUUAACAGUAAAAAAAGAAAGAAAGAAAAAAGAACCUGCAGGUAUGAACUCUACGGUAGCAAAUUUCAAACCGCCCACCAUCCCGGCGAUUAUGUUCAUUUUCGGGGUGGUGGGGAAUGUCAUUGCCAUAGUGGUUCUGCGAAUAUCACGGAAGGAACAAAAGGAAACGACUUUUUACACACUCGUGUGUGGUCUGGCAGUGACAGACCUCCUGGGCACCCUGCUUGCCAGCCCUGUCACCAUCGCCACCUACGUGAAGGGCUCGUGGCCGGGAGGUGAGCCCCUGUGCCAGUACUCCGGCUUCAUCCUGCUCUUCUUCUUCUUGGUCCAGCUCAGCAUUGUGUUCGCAAUGUCAGUGGAGAGAUACUUGGCAAUAAACCACGCAUAUUUCUACAACGAGUACGUCAACCAGAAACUCGCCGCUCUGACUCUUUUGGCCAUUUACAUUACCAACAUCGUGUUUUGCGCGCUGCCCAGCAUGGGGCUCGGCCAUGUGACGCGGCAGAAACCGGGGACUUGGUGUUUCAUCGACUGGCAGAACAACGACACAACAGUGGCGACUUUUAACCUGAUGUACGCAGGUGUGAAUUCAGUCAUGGUUCUAGCCACUGUCAUAUGCAACGUGAUGGUGUGCGGGGCUCUGAUCCUGAUGCACAGGCGCUUCAUCCGACGCACGUCUUUGGGCACGGACCCGAGGCGCAUCGCGGAGCUGAGGCGCAGACGGAAUUUCAGACGAUUAGCCGGAGCAGAGAUCCAGAUGGUGAUACUGCUUAUCGCAACUUCUGCUGUGGUUCUCAUCUGCUCCAUACCCUUAGUGUUGAGGAUCUUUGUGAAUCAGCUGUACAGAAACCAGAGAGAAGAGUCUUCAUGGCUGAAUAAAGACCUGCUGGCAAUCCGCAUGGCCUCCGUCAACCCCAUCUUAGACCCUUGGAUCUACAUCCUGCUAAGAAAGACAGUGGUGCUCAAGCUGAUGGAGAAAAUUAAGUGUCUGUUCUGCAAAAUGGGAGGACGGGGACGAAGGAACGGCGGCCAGUUUCACUGCAACAGCCACCUCUCCUCCUCCAUCGUCUCCCGGGAUUCACCCUCGCUGGUGUCACGUGGGAUUCAGGAAAUGGUGAGCACCUCGCAGACCUUCCUGUACCCGUCAGAAACUGUAAACUCCAGGUCUUUUCAAGCAGACGCACAGUACGGCUCCAGUCCGCCAUCUGUACAGACGUUACAGGACCAACAGGAGGUCUCUGAGGGGCCUCAGAGAGGACUUUCAGAGAGCGAUUCAGAGGACACAUUGCCAGAUAGGCUGCUGAAAAAGCUCCCGGUGUGCCCCAAGGACCCAGCUCUGCACGUGACAUUCACAGAUGAGACUGAAAACAUACAGGAGAAAUGCAUAUGAGCACUGCAAAGACAUGAGAACAAUGGAAAAAAGCUGAAGAAUGAACAAUGAUCCAUCAAUCUGUAGAUAUCUGCCGGACUGUACAGAUGUAUUACUGAACUAAAUACCUAUUAACAAUGUAUUACUCUUCAGUCAUCAUUUACCACAAACACCAUAUUGCUAAAAACACUUCAGUACAAUCACAACAGUUUUAGAAUAGAGAACAAAAAAAAGGAGGAGAGCUCCUGUAGCACUUUUUGAAUAUUAAAAACCACUGCUAGGCUGUUAGAAAUGUUUGUUAUGCAUCAUUUUGACAACACCCUGCACGAUGACUGUAAAGAAUCGAUGUUAAAAUGUGAACAGUGUUCCAUGAUUGAUGUUUAAUUUAUUGUAAGUAUGACCUUGCACGUUAUCGUCUUCUCUGUGAGAAGGUCCAAAUAGUUUGGAGCCAUUUGAAAUCGGUACAAGAUGAAUAUGUUCAUUUUUUUUUUGGUACUACAUUCGCAAAGAAUUCAUUCAAACUAGUUGACGAAGCUAGAAUCACACCAUCUCCUGCAUUUCAUAAUAAAAAGGCAGCUAUCCUGUGGCUUUCCCACAUUCACUCGACACUCGAGGACGUUAGGACGCCUCUUAAAAUAAUGUCCUAACAAAAAAAAGAAAUGUUAAUUGACCUUUUCAGCCCUUUACUUUUGAAGAUUUAAUCCAAUUUCACUUUAAUUCACCUUAACAUAAUGUGCAAUCUAAUCAGACACUAAUCUAAUCAGACAUUAUAUGGAAAUUAAGAAUGGGAAAUCAAAGAUAUUAUUAAGUUUUAAAGCUGUUGGCAAUAAAGGAUUAUUAUGGAUUAUCUGGUGUAACAUGGCAUUUAGGAUUGAUAUAAAUAUCACGCUCAUAUUUCAAUGUUGUCAAAUUUAACUACAACAGGUUGAUUCUCUUGUCAAAAUGUUAAAUGUUGUACCAAAGUCAUACACAAACUGAAAAUAAAGGAUGGUAAAUAUUCAUACAAA